UUUUACCAGAUGCCUUGUUGAGAGAAGGAAAAGUUCACUUUCAUAUCACGAGGAGAAGUUCACUUUCAUUUCACAAAGAAAAGUUCACUUUCAUUUCACGUGGAGAAGUACAGUUUCAUUUUGACUGAUGGACCCUCCCAUCAAUGCAGAGACCAAUAUAAAGGCAGAGACAUCUACGUUGAACAAUAUACCGUCAAGAUGGUGAUUGAAGUCAUUUUUGUUGCGAUGUGCCUGCUUGUGUCUCAAGCAAAAGGACUGCAGUGCAUUACAUGCACUAAUGUGGGUGGAUCUUGCAGUGGAGACUCACAGCAGUGUCCCGCAGGUGCUGACUCGUGUGCCAGCGCCACCGCUGCAACUGUAGCAGGGGGUUCAACUGCUGAAGUAAAUGUCAAAAGCUGCGCCCCAUCUGCACAAUGUAUCAAUGGUUCCCUGAACUUAGGAAGUGUAAGGGUCACACAGAGCACCUUGUGCUGUAACACUGACAACUGCAACACCGGAAGUCCUCCAGCUCCAGUAGUUGGCACGGUCAAUGGGAGGCAGUGUUUCACCUGUGAGUCGGCGGACUGCUCAUCAAGGAUUCAAUGUGCCGGUGAUGAGGAUCGCUGUCUCUCUGCAACAGUUAGUGCAGCUGGACAGAGCUCUACCGUAAAGGGCUGUGCUACCCAAAGUAUGUGCUCUGGAGGGGCUUCACAGUCGCUGGGCUCGUUGUCUGCGGAAGUGACCUGCUGUGAGGGGAAUCUGUGCAACGGUAAUGGAAUUGCCUCGAGUGCCUCGCCUGCUACACAGAGUGUUGGAGUUGCCUCGAGUGCCUCGCCUGCUACACAGAGUGUUGGAGUUGCCUCGAGUGCCUGCAGUGCUACACACAGUGUCCUGUUCCUGCUGUGGCCCCUGGGCUCUGUUCUGCUCUUCCACUGAGCUGGCUUCAUCUCAGGGUGACUCCUCUGCUUGGAGAUGGGCUGCUAUUUUCAACACAAACUUGUUAAUGGCUGUUAAAGUAAAUAAACAAAGAUUUGUUUUCA